GGGUUCCCUUAAAUGGAAAGUAUGAGUCCCACCCCGUUCUACUUAAGUACAGCCAGGCUGGUAAAAGAAAUACUUCCUCCAGGAAGAGACUGCAAGCGGACGACACUAUGAGCUACCCUGGAUACCCCCCUCAGGCAGGUGCCUACCCACCUCAGCCUGGGGCCUACCCUCCCCAACAGCCAGGCGGCUACCCUCCCCAACAGCCAGGCGGCUACCCUCCCCAACAGCCAGGCGGCUACCCCCUACAGCCAGGCGGCUACCCCCCUCAGGCCGGUGGUUAUCCUCCUCAGGCUGGUGGCUAUCCUCCUCAGGCCGGUGGCUAUCCUCCUCAGGCUGGUGGCUAUCCUCCACAGGCCGGUGGCUAUCCACCUCAGGCUGGUGGCUAUCCUCCACAGGCUGGAGGCUACCCACCUGCACCACCACAAGGCAGCUGGGGAGGUGGCCCUGCUGGUGGAUAUCCCACCAUUGGUCUUGACAACUUAUCCAACCCUGGAUACAAUGCUGGCAUGGCCAACCAGAUCUCUGCAGGCAUGGGUGGUUUUACUCAAAACCCAUCCAUGUUCGCCCAAGCCCCUGGGGGGUACCCACCUGCCACUCAGCCUAGCGGGUAUGGUGCCCCCUUCCCUAACCAACAGUCAUAUGGCCUGUACCCACAGCCAGGAGGAAACAUGCAACGCCCCCAAGGUCCAGGGAUGGGCUACCCUGGUCAGCCUGGACAGCCAAUGCCUGGAUACCCCGGUGCACCAUCAGCCAACCCAUCCAUGCCUGGUUAUGGAGGAGCACAAGCACCUAUGCCAGGUUACCCAAAGGUCCCUUCACCAAAUCCAUCCAUGCCAGCCUACGGAGGAGGAGGAGGAGGAGGAACCAUGCCAAUAGCUCCACCUGUCAAUAGAGGAUUCAGGGGAACAAUCAGGGACUUUCCUGGAGCAGACCAACUUAGAGAUGCAGAGGUCCUGAGGAAGGCCAUGAAGGGCUUUGGAACUGACGAGCAAGCCAUCAUCGAGCUACUGGGGAGUCGCUCCAACAGGCAGCGUGUGCCUUUGCUCCGAGCAUACAAAACUGCCUAUGGAAAGGAUCUGAUUAAGGACCUCCACUCAGAACUGUCUGGAGACUUUAGAAAGCUGGUCAUGGCCACGUUGAAGACCCCAUCUGAGUUUGAUGCCUAUGAGCUCCACAGUGCCAUAAAGGGAGCCGGAACCGAUGAAGCCUGUCUUAUAGAGAUCUUGUCUUCUCGCUCCAACGCUGAAAUCAAGGAGAUAAACCGUAUUUACAAACAAGAAAACAAGAAGUCACUGGAGAAUGCCAUUAGUGGGGAUACUUCAGGCCACUUCCGCAGGCUCCUGAUCUCUCUCGCACAGGGUAAUCGUGACGAACGAGAGGCCGUUGACAUCUCUCUGGCUAAACAAGAUGCUCAGUCCCUGUAUGCUGCUGGAGAAAACAAGCUGGGAACGGAUGAGUCCAAGUUUAAUGCCAUUCUGUGUGCCCGGAGCAAACCCCAUCUCAGAACAGUGUUUCUGGAGUACCAGAAGAUGUGUGGCAGAGAUAUCGAGAAGAGCAUCGACAGGGAGAUGUCCGGAGACCUUGAGGGUGGCAUGUUGGCAGUGGUGAAGUGUAUUAAGAACACACCUGCCUAUUUUGCUGAGAGACUUUACAAGGCCAUGAAGGGAGCUGGGACCAAAGACACAACCCUGAUCCGGAUCAUGGUCUCCCGCUCUGAGGUUGACAUGCUGGAUAUUCGCCAGGAGUAUGUUAAAAACUACGGCAAGUCGCUGUACACACACAUCUCUGGAGACACGUCAGGAGACUACAAGAAACUCCUACUGAAGUUCUGCGGGGGCAGUGACUGAGAAGGAAACAGUGACUACUACAUUAUAGAAUUGUUCUAUAAAUAUCUGUUUUCUGCCUUAUCUAUAUGCACUAUACACAAUCGCAAACCUGCAUGCCAUGCCAGUACUCUCAAUGCAAUGUUUACCUAGUUUUAAGAAUGUCAUAUAUAUUUGCUAUGUUUUGUUUUAUUUCUUUAUACAGUAUGCAAAAAUAAGUUGUAUAUUUUUUCACCAGUGAUAUCUUUGCUGCAUAUUUGGGUUUAAUAUGCACGGCCAUACAAUAGAUUUGAAAGAGAUAAACUUUGAUUUUUUAUCUUUUUAUAUGCUUUUUAUAAAUUUUGCCAAUAUUAUCAUAUAUCCAAUAAUAUCUGCCACGUUUAUCAGUUCAUUUUAUAAUGUUCAGCAAAGCUGAAUAAAGUAUGGGACAUAGAAUAAAUAGCAGCUAAGUGCCAAAGUUGUCUGUUAAUGUUUGCAUAAUCUAUUCCAUAUUUUGUCAACCCUUUUUUUUGUUCAUCAUAGUUGUGCUGUAUUUGCAGCAGAUGCUUUUAUAUGUUUGUUUGCUCUUAGUUACUGUUAUUGUAGCAUGAAAAACUCAAGCAUCACAUUUCAUUAAUUGUUGGUGAUUGUAUCUUUUUUAAUCUCAGCAAAUAAAUAUUGAGAACACA